UGUAAAAGCCCCUUAAUGCCGCUUCCCACCGUGCCCACACCAAACUCUUGCUGUGCCCGCACCGACGCCGCGGGGUCGGACGGAGGCAGCGGUGACGGCUCCUCGUCCCACCGCCGCGCGUGGGGGUCCCGCCGCUCUCCGCACCCCGGGGCCGAGCAGCUCGGGGCCGCCUCCGUCCCGCCCCCGUCGGUCCCGCCCCACCCCGGCGGCCCUAGAAAGGCGGCGGCCGCCCCACCGCCCCCGUGUGCCGGUGCCGUCAUGGCUCUGCCGCCCGUGCUGCGGUUGUGCGCCGUGUUACUCGUGGUGCUGCUCCCCGCGGCUGCCGCGCAGCAGGAGGCGGUGGGAGAAUGUCAGCAGUAUACAAACAGAAGCUGCGAGGAGUGCCUGAAGAAUGUCACCUGCCUGUGGUGUGCCAGCAGCAGGAGGUGUGUGCCAUACCCUGUCCGACGGAUCCUCCCACCUGCUGACCUCUGCGAGCUCCGCUCUGCACGCUGGGGUGUCUGCUGGGUGAAUUUUGAAGCCCUGAUCAUUGCCAUGUCUGUGGUGGGUGGCUCGAUCCUCAUCAUGCUGCUUGUCUGCUGCUGCUGCUGUUGUAAGAAGAAGAGCAAAAAGCCAGACAAGGAGGAUGAAAGAGCUGCCCGUGAGCGGGAGCGCAGACGAGUGCGUCAGGAGGAGAGGAGAGCAGAGAUGAAGUCACGGCACGAUGAAAUCCGAAGAAAAUACGGCCUGUUCAAGGAGGAGAACCCUUAUGCAAAAUUUGAGAACUAGCCUCUCUGGAUCUGCCCCACCUGGUGAAUGGCGUCCUCCUUCUAGACCCACCUCACUCUGGGUUGCUUUCUAGGAGCCCCCUAUGGUGCCACAUGCUGCCACAAGCCCUGCUCAGUGACUCCCCCCAUUCCCCACUCCAGUUCUCAGCUUGCCCUGGGCUUUUGCUGCAGAGGCUGUGCCAGGAUCAGCUGCAGUGCCAGGAUCAGCUGCAGUGCCUGGCCGGGCUGGAACCUCACUCUGUGCCUGGAAACUUGGUGGCAAUAACACUGGGGCUUCACACUCCUCCUUUACUCACCUGGGGGUGGCAGCACAGCACAAUACAACACGGUGCCUGGCUGAGGUGGCCUAGUGUGUCUUCCUUCUGCCUUAUGCAAAGCUGGGUGCGUGCAUUGUGAUGCUCAUGUCCCUGUGUGCAGCAGUGGCUCAGGGGUGCCCUGUCUGCCUGCAGCUCUAUGCAUACACUCACACACCAGCACCAGUUUCUCGCUGCCUUGGGCCUUUGGGGGCAGGCCCUAAAUGCACGCUUCACUUGCAACUAAUCCAGGGACCCUCCACAGCCCCCUCUACCUCUGUGCCUUAUAUUGAUCAUCUCCUGGGCUCGGUGCCUGUUACUGAUUGCAAUACGGUAGGGUUCUGAUGCGAUGUGGUCAAGAUGUAUUAAAUCGAUUUGAUUACUAUCCCAA